ACUUGUGCCGUGGAGGCAAUACCGUGAUUAUUAUUGUCUGUAUCGUCACUGUACGACAACGUGUCUAGGUGGGGAAGCGCGUGGUAGCGCCUGUUUGUCACAGCGUCGUAGUCCAGCUGCUCGGACCUUCCUCGCUGAGAUUCAGCGCUGUGUACUUGGGUCAACUGCAGUUAGCUUUUUUUUUUUUUUUUUUUUUUAAAGCAUAGUGGCUAACGCUCGAGUUAGCUCCGGUGUGGCAUCAAAGUGUCGUUAGAGAAAUCGAAAUAAUUCACCGUCGGGCAUAUUUUGAAGGCCCUUCGGCAAUGUUAGGACACGCGUUUUCACUCUCUCGAGUGCAAUUGUCGCUAUUUGCUACCAUGACGAAUUGAACCUAUUGGAAAUGAAGUCAUGUCAGCGUGGUUGUGAUUUAAACUACAGAAACACACCUAGAGUAUUUUAUGUAGGACUCGAUUUGAUUUGGUUAUAAACGAAUAAAUCCCUAAUUCUUCUGGCUGGUAGUUUCCUAAACGUGUCACUGGUGGAUUUCAUGGUCCGAACAAUUUAGCUAGCCGUUCAUUGAGCGGCCAUUCUCGGUGUGUUUGUUGAGCGUUUCCUUAAAUGUAUACAACCACGACUGUGUCCAAAUAAUUCCCCUCAAAUAUGUCGCCCUGCUGACUUGUUUUAUCUACGUUGGUCACCUUUCUAUAGGACUUAAUUUACUGAUUUAAGCAGCAAGUCAUAAUGGCUAAUCCAGGUUUUCCAUAUGGUGAAUGCGAUUGAGAGUGGGCUUGUCGCCCUCUUUCCACGUGUGGUUCCUUAACUCUGCUUGAAUGUGGCAAGUUAUUUGCACAUGAAUUCACUCCACGACGACCCACCUCGCAUCGUCUUAUCACAUUCCUGUUCAUACCUGGAGACUACUUCCCUUGUCAAUUACAGACACUCAAGAAAGAAUGGCUGAGACCCAGACACUUAACUUUGGACCAGAAUGGCUCCGAGCCCUGUCUGGAGGUGGAAGCGGCGGCAUCGGUGGAGGAGGAAUUAGCAGCAGCACAAUGGCCUCCCCGCCUCUCUCACCCGCAUUGCCAAAGUACAAGCUUGCAGACUAUCGUUACGGAAGAGAAGAAAUGUUAGCACUUUAUGUAAAAGACAACAAGAUCCCAAUAGACUUGCAUGAUAAGGAGUUCCUGCCCAUAUUGCAAGAGGAGCCCUUGCUGCCUCUGGCACUUGUUUCUUUUACAGAGGAAGAACAGAGAAAUUUUUCCAUGUCUGUAAACAGCGCAGCUGUACUUCGGCUGAACGGGCGAGGCAGCGGUGGCGGUCCGGUGGUGGGGGCUCCUCGAGGCCGCAGUACCUCAAGGGGUAGAGGCCGAGGAAGAGGAGAUGGAGGGUUUUACCAAAGAAGUUUUGAUGAUGUGGAAGGUUUUGGCCGUGGUGGCAGGGAGAUGCAUCGCUCCCAGAGCUGGGAGGAAAGGGGCGAUAGGAGGUUUGAAAAGCCAGGUCGGAAAGACCCUGACGCUGCCACUGGACAUUUCCAGAUGAACCAUGUUCGAAACAAUUAUGAUGAUGCUGGGGUCGGCUUGCCGAGGAAACACGACUUCACACGCUCAGAGAGUGAGAAUUGGCGUACCUCUCGUGACGAUCAGAAUGAUGGGGCUCGGAGUUCAGCGUGGCAUCCGGAGCAGCGGCGCCGUUUACAAUUCGACUCGCGAGACGAUGAACGUAGCUACAGAAGACCGCGGUCAGGCAGCGGCAGCCUGGACGACGAUAGGGACGCUCUGCCCGAGUGGUGUCUGGAAGACGCGGAUGAGGAGGCCGGCACCUUUGAUUCGUCAGGGGCAUUUCUCUCACACAAGCAGAAAGCCUCCAAAGAGCCAAUCCUGGAGGAGGCAGAAUUGGAUUUUAAACCCUUGGAAGAGUGUGAGGAGGCGCUAGAGGAGGAAGACAGUCAGCCCAAGGAGACCAAAGAGAUAGAAACAGAGGCCAAGCAAGAUUCUGACCAAAAAGUAUUCCCGGGGGUAAGCAGAAUGUCGGAAGAGCCGCCAUCUGUUCUGUUGCCCGCCGCUCUUCCAAUCCCGGAGGCGCAGGCGACUCCCAAGUCUGAGUCGCCGAGCCUUCCCCACAGAACGGAGGAACCCGAGAGACCGGCUGAAAGGCAACCACCCCUUGAGCGACUGCCAGAAACCUGCAAUGUGUCCCUGCAUGUCCCCAUGUCCAACAGCAUGUCGCUACCCAUGACCCGUGUUGCCAGCACCCACACAGAAGUUCGCACGCCAUUAUCAACCAUUCAGAAGCCAAUGGAGGUUCCCCUGGCAAUGAACAACCCUCUGCCCUUUUCUUCAAGUGUGUUAGCCCCUAUUGGCAGGCCCGCCGCCAUGCCACAGGACACAGAUGAAGAUGAAGGGUUGAAGCACUUCGAGCAGGAGGCAGAGAAGAUGGUGGCUUACCUGCAGGAUGGUGUUGUGGAUGAUGACAGACUUACAGCAAAAACUCCAGAAAAGGCCAAACCUGCAGGAUUGCCACUCACCCACAAGGCUGCACUCAAGUGGUUUUAUAAAGACCCUCAAGGCGAGAUACAGGGACCAUUCAGCAACCAGGAGAUGGCAGAAUGGUUCCAGGCAGGCUACUUUACCAUGUCUCUCUUGGUUAAAAGAGGGUGCGAUGACAUCUUUCAGGCUUUGGGGGAAAUGAUGAAGAUUUGGGGGAGAGUCCCUUUCUCGCCAGGCCCUGCGCCUCCACCUCUCCAGGGUGACGCUGAUCAAGAAAGGUUGAAGAGGCAGCAGGAGCUCACUGCUCUCAACCUUUACCAGUUACAGCAGCUUCAAUACCAAUACCUCUUAAGGCAGCAGUAUGCUCAGGCCGUGGCCCAGCAGAAGGCGGCAGUACUGAGCUCGGCUCCCCUUCAACAGCAGCAGCAACACCAACAACAGCUCAACUUAUUACAACAGCAAUAUCAAGCUCUAAAGAUAAGAACAUCAGAGAGCCUUCUACCUCCUGUUACACGUUCUCUUUCGGUACCCGACUCAGGUUCCGUAUGGGAAAUGCAGAACCCGUCCUCUCAGGCUUCCUGCACACCAAACAUACCGCCUGCUACAUCAAGCACCUGGGAUAGCAGCAGUGUGUGGGACUUGCCCAUUGACUCCAUGGCAAAGGCUCCAACUAUUGAGCAAAUGCAGCAGUUAGAGAAAUCAAAGGCUGCCAAGUUGGAACUGGAGAGGCGCGAAGCUGAAAUGAGAGCCAAAAGGGAAGAAGAAGAGAGGAAGCGCCUGGAGGAGGCUCUGCGGGCUCGUCAAGAGGAGGAGCGUAAGCGGCUAGAGGAGGAGGAGCUGGCGCGACAAAAACAGGAGGAAGCUCUCAGGCGACAGCGAGAACAGGAGGAGGCUCAUCGAAGAAAAAAGGAAGAGGAGGAGAGAUUGGCACAGGAGGAAGCUUUGCGAAAACUAGAAGAGAGGAGAAGAGAGGAGGAGGAGAGGAAGAAAAGAGAGGAGUUCCUUCGUAAACAGGAAGAGGAGCGCAGAAAACAAGAGGAGCUGGAAGCAUUAAAGAGGCGCGAGGAGGAGAAGCGGGCAGAGGAGGAGGCUGCCGCCGCCGCUGCUGCAGCGGCCGCCGCCUUGGCCCAGCAACAGCAGGAAGAGCAGAAGAGGAGGGAGCAGGAGGCACAGAGACAACAGGAACUGCAGAGACAGAGGCAGCAGCAACAGGAGGCUCUUCGGAGACUACAACAGCAGCAGCAGCUUGCACAAAUGAAGCUUCCAUUGUCAUCAAAGUGGGGUCAUCAGUCCGCCAACACUAGCAACAAGAAUCAGAACACUCUGUCACUGGCAGAGAUCCAGAAACUGGAAGAGGAGCGAGAAAGACUGGCACUUGUAGAGCAGCAGCGCCAACAGCAGGAGCUCCUGAAAAUGCAGCAGCACCAAGCCCUCCAGCAAGCGCAGCAGGCCCAGGCCAAGCUGUCUGGUUGGGGCCAUGCCGCCAAACAGGCCCCUGUUACCAAGUCCCUUCUGGAGAUACAGAGAGAGGAAGCGCAACAGAUGAAACAGAAGAAGGAGCAGCCAUCACAGCAGCAGCAGCAGCAACAGCAGCAGCCGCAGAAUGCCCUCUUCACUCAGCCAACCCGACCGCAGAACAGAACGCCAUCUAUGAGCAACUCUGUGUGGGGCUCUGUGAACACCAGCCCAUGCUCAAACUGGGUGUCGGACUCGAGCAGCAUCUGGGGUGACACCCACAACUCCAACAUGGGCUUCUGGGAUGAGGCUGUGAAGGAGGCUGUCCACCAGCCUCCGCCUACCAGGAAAGGAAAUGCACAGAAAAACAAAGGCAAUGCCAAUCUCAGCAAUUCCAGUGGGCGAGCAAACAAGAAGGUGGAGGAGGAAGAGAAGUUGCUCAAAUUGUUCCAAGGAGUCAACAAGAGCCAGCAGGAUGGGUUCAUGCAGUGGUGUGAGCACACUCUGCACAGCCUCAACACCGCCAACAAUCUGGAUGUUCCCACGUUUGCGUCGUUCCUGAAAGAAGUAGACUCACCAUAUGAGGUACAUGACUAUGUCAGGGCCUACCUCGGGGACACAGCCGAGGCCAAGGACUUUGCCAAGCAGUUCCUGGAGCGUCGUGCCAAACAGAACGCCAAUCAGCAAAAAACGCCGCCGCUGCAGAAUCAACCGCAAGCCCUCAAACAGCAGCAGGAUUCCGUUUGGGGUGGAACGGGAUCAUCAACACUCUACCAGGCCAACCAUACGAGUGGUCAGCAAAAGCAGCAACAACAACAUCAACAACAGCAGCAGCGCUUUGAGACUGUCACCUCAGGGAAGAAGAAAAAGAAGCAGAAGAUGGUCCGUGCGGAUCCAAGCCUUCUAGGUUUUUCUGUUAACGCAUCGUCCGAGAGACUGAACAUGGGGGAGAUUGAGACUCUAGAGGAUUUUUAAGGGAACCAAGCGGCGCAAACACCCACUGACUGUUUGAACCAAGCCCCCAACUCCAACUGCAGCUGCUGUGCUGUAUUUCACUUCUUUUCCAUCAAUUAAUAAUUCAGUAGCAGAUCUUAUCUGCAAAUAUGAUCAUUCAAAAGAUUGCAAAAAUCAUACCAAGUAUCCUCUGAGAUUUUGGGUCUUCAAUUCAAUCUGACCUUAGACCAUCCAGUCAAUUCAGUAUUUAUCUUUUGAAUUGGCUUCUUUCUAAAGUGUCGGCAAGAAAAGUUACAAAGAUCUCAUCCAUCUUGUUUGUUUUUAUUUAUUGAAUUUGGAUCCACCCCUCCACUCUAACACAUUCUGCCCUACUUCCCUUCCUCCCACCCCACCGCCUGAUUAUCCUGGCUGUUGGUGGAUAUAGACGGCAAAGUUGAGCCCAAGGAUCGGUGCCUACUUUAUGUCCUGUUUUAAGGACAUGUUCAAAAGUCCCAAGUAGUUAUCUAUUUCUUGUAAAAUACUAGGCUGUUUAAAAAAAGAAAUAAAACUUUCAACUUGCAUCUGUAUUAUAAUAUAUGGAAAAACAUCUGCUGGAGUCA